AACGGGCCAAUCGGGGACAAGUGUGACUAGCGUAGACGAGACCAGUUGAGCCGGAGUUAUUUUUAAGAAAUAAUUAUGCUUUGCUUGUCUUGGGCAAGGAGGUUCACUGGGCGUGUUUUACAAUUAUUAAUAGAUGCCCCUUGAUGAGAAUUUCAAACAGGAUUACAAACACCCAGAUUUAGACCGCCCAUCCGGAUGAAAAUAAAGUGAGAAAUCAGGAAACGGCGUGCUCCCCGGCAUUCGAUACAUCAGAAUAUCUUUCUCUUGGGCAAACUACCACAAAGCAGCGAAUCAUAAACACGAUAAACUCUGCAGAUGCUGGAAUCUAAAGCAACGCGCGCAAAUUUUACCGGAGAAACUCUGCAAGUCAACAGCAUCAAUGGAAAUAAACGAACAGUCGACCUUUCGGACCGAGGAAACAGACAUGCGCGUUAAAACUGAACGUCUGUAAAUGCACGGGAGUACCGAGACUUGCCGAUAUGGUCGAACACCCUAAAUUUAAAAAGAUUUAUAUCCAGCGUUCGCUGUUCGUGUUUUUGAUACUGUUAACUCUGACACUGGUCUUUCUAAGCCUGAAGAAUACAAAGCAAUUUUCAACUCCCAGAGGAAAGCCUGAAAAGAGCAAAUAUCCAGGUCUGAAAGAUUAUUCCACAAUACAGCAGGAAGACAAAGUACAGGAGACUGAAUGGAUACACAGGCUGGUGCAGUUUGGGUAUCUGAAAAACAGCUUCACUCCUGAAGAAAGAUUGGAGGGUUCAGUCCUGAUGAAAAUGAUUGAAUGGCCAAAGCCUCCCAUUGCCGAAGUUCCCUUUCAGAAAAGCAGUGACCCAUCACAUACUUGCUUUGUUAUUUUAAAUUCUGGAAAGACUUUCUAUGUCGGAGAACAGUUACAAGUGAUGCUGCGUAUGUACGAUUUUGAAAGAAAUCCAAAGCACUACGGGGGUGACUAUCUCCAAGCCCGGAUCCACACUCCAGAGUUGAAAGCCGGUUCAGCAGGAACAGUUAUAGAUCACCAAAAUGGAACUUAUCACAUCAAUUUUACUUUAUUCUGGCCAGGAGAAGUCCAAGUGUCUGUUUCCUUGGUUCAUCCCAGUGAAGGGAUCGAAGUACUUUGGAGACUUCGUGAAGAACAGCCAUUUAGAAUAUUUUUGACAAGUACCUUCAAAUAUGGGGCUAUUUCAGAGGCUACAAUAUGCAAUGUAUUUUUACCUCAAACUAAACCAAUUUGUAACUUUACUUAUCAUAACACUGGGGAGCCGUGGAUCUGCUACAAACCAAAGAAUAUUCCCUGCUCUUCUGAUGUCAGCUAUCAACAAGCAGGAUACGUGAAGCUGCUUUUGGCCGGAGAAGACCUCAGAUUUUUCCAAAUUGGAGUGAACAUCAAGAGACCCAUAUUACCCUGUGGUAUUGGUCAUGUAAUCGUAAAGCCAUCUCCAGGACAAACCACAGAUCUCGGGGAAUGUGUUUGGGGAAAGCCAGUGGUAUCACCGGCUGGCUUUUAUUUUAUGAACCGAUGGACAUCAACGACCUGUAAUAUUCGUCACUUUGACACUCCUGCAAAAAUUACAAAGUGCCUUCGUGGGAAAAAAGUGUAUCUGCUUGGAGAUUCUACAAUACGCCAGUGGUUUGAAUACCUGACUGCUUUCCUUCCAGAUCUUAGAAAGUUCGAUCUUGGCAACCGUACUAGGGUUGGCCUUUUGUGUGCUUUGGACAAAGAAAACAAUAUCAUGCUGGAACAUCAUGCUCACGGCCCACCAAUGCAAUUCAGAAGUGUUUCAAGUCAUCAUCUGUACUAUAUUUCAAAAACAUUGGAUGAAAUUGAAGAAAGGAAAGGCGUAGUUAUUGGCAUCACCUUAUGUGCCCAUUUCAACACUUUCCCACUGGAUGUUUACAUCAGAAGGCUGCAGUAUAUCCGGAGAUCGAUUCUACAGCUGCUCAGCAGGAAUCCAGAUACAGUGAUUGUUAUAAAGACUGGGAAUGUACGGGAACCUAAAGCAGGUUAUAUUCUUAACUACAAUGACUGGUUCUCUUAUCAACUCGAUGUACUGAUGAGAAGAAUAUUUGCAUACAUGAACGUUGCAUUUGUGGACGUGUGGGAAAUGACCAUAGCCCACUACUUGCCCCAUAAUAUACACCCUCAAAAAAUUAUUAUAAAGAAUGAAAUAGAUGUGUUUCUUUCAUAUGUGUGUCCUUCUGAAAAGGAAUAAAGGUAUUUGCUUACCAUGCAAAGCAAAAUCUAGAUAAUAACAUUGGAAAUAGACUUAGGACGUAGACAUAGAAAUCUACAGCACAUUACAGGCCCUUUGGCCCACAAUGAUGUGCAGAUCAUGUAACCUACACUAGAAACCUCCGAGAAUUUUCCUACCGCGUAGCCCUCUAAUUUUCGAAGCUCCAUGUACCUAUCCAAGAAUCUCUUAAUACCUUAUCAUAUCCACGUCUACCACCAUCGCUGGCAGUGCAUUCCAUCAACCCAAAAACUUACUGUGUGAAAAACUUACUUCUGACAUCCCAUUAUACUUACUUCCAUGCACCUUAACACUAUGCCCCCUUGUGUUAGCCAUUUCAGCCAUGAGAAAAAAUUUCUGACUAUCCACACGAUUAAUGUGUUUCAUCAUAUUAUGCACCUCAAUCAAGUCACCUCUCAUUCAAUAUCACACUAAGGAGUAAAGGCCAAGUUCACUUAACCUAUUCUCAAAAUUCAUGCUCCCCAAUCCAAGCAACAUCCUUGUAAAUCUCUUCUGCACUCUCUCUAUAGUAUCCACAUCCUACCUGUAGUGAGGUAACCAGAACUGAACACAGUACUCCAAGAGGGGUCUAAAUAAGGUCUUGUAUAGCUGUAACAUUACUUCACAGCUCUUGAACUCAAUCCCACGGGUUGCCAAUGCACCAUACGCCUUCUUAACAACACUGUCAACCUGUGCAGACCCCAAGAUGUCUCUGAUCCUCCACACUGCCAAGAAUCUUACCAUUAAUAUUAUAUUAUGUCUUCAAAUUGACCUACUAAAAUGAAUCACUUUACACUUAUCUGGGUUGAACUCCAUCUGCCACUUCUCAGCCCAGUUCUGCAACUUAUCGAUGUCUUACUGUAACAUCUGACAGCCGUCCAGACUACUCACAUCACCCCCAACCUUUGUGUCAUCAGAAAAGUUACCAACCCUUCUACUGCCUCAUCCAGGUCAAUUAUGAAAAAUCACAAAGAGGAGGGGUCCCAGAACAGAUCCCUGUGGAACAGCACUGGUCACUGAAUACGAACCAUCUACAAUCACCCUUUACUUUCUGUGGGAAAGCCAAUUCUGGAUCCACAAAGCAAGGUCUCCUUGGAUCCCAUGCUUCAUAACUUUCUGAAUGAACCUGGCAUGGGGUACCUUAUCAAAUGCCUUACUGAAAUCUAUAUACACCACAUCCACUGCUCUACCUUCAUCAAUGUGUUCUGUUACAUUCUCAAAAAAUUCAAUCAGGCUCCUAAGGCAUGACCUGCCCUUGACAAAACUUUGCUGACUAUCCCUAAUCAGAUUAUGUUUCUCCAAAUGCUCAUAAAUCCUGCCUCUCAGGAUCUUCUCCAACAACUUGCCUACCACUUAAGUAAGACUCCCUGAUCUAUAAUUUCCUGGCUUAUCUCUACUCCCCUUCUUGAACAAGGGAACAACAUUUGCAACCCUCCAAUCCUCUGGUACUUCUCCCUAUAGAUGACUCAAACAUCAUCGCUGGAGGCUCAGCAAUCUCCUCUCUCACUUCCCACAGUAGCCUAGGGUAUAUCUUGUCCAAACCCAGUGACUUAUCUAACUUAAUGCUUUUCAAAAGCUCCAGCACAUCCCUUUUCUUAAUGACUAUAUGCUCAAGUGUUUCAGUCCUCUGCAAGUCAUCCCCACAAUUGCCAAGGUCCUUUUCCCUGGUGAAUACUGAAGCAAAGUAUUCAUUAAGUACCUCCGCUACCUCCUCUGACUCCAUGCACAUUUGGUCCUAUUCUCACACGGCUCAUCCUCUUGCUCUUCACAUGUUGUAGAAUGCCUUUCGGUUUUCCUUAAUCCCGUUCACCAAGGCCUUCUCAUGGCCCCUUCUAGCUCUCCUAAUUUUAUUCUUAAGCUCCUUCCAGGCAACCUUGUAAUUUUCUAGGGUACUAACAUUACCUAAUUUCUUGAACCUUUCGUAAGCUUUUCUUUUCUUCUUAACUAGAUUUUCCACAUCCUUUCCACACCAUAGCUCUUUUACCCAACCAUCCUUUCCCUGCAUCAAUAGAACAUACCUAUGCAAAACGCCAUGCAAAUGUUCCCUGAACAUUUGCCACAUUUCUGCUAUGCUUUCUGCCCUAAGAACAUCUGCUCCCAAGUUUAUGCCCAAUAGCAUCAAAUUUCCCCCUACUGCAAUUAAAUGUUUUCCCAAAUUGUGUGCUCCUAUCUCUCUCCAGUGCUAUGGUGAAGGAGAUAGAGUUGUGAUCACUACCUCCAAAAUGCUCUCCCACCAAGAGAUCUGGCACUUGACCAGGUUCAUUUCCCAAUACCAGAUCAAGUACAGCCUCUCCUCUAGUUGGCUUAUCUACAUAAUACAUCAGGAAACCUUCCUGAACACACCUAACAAACUCCACCCCUGGCUUUAAGGAGAUGCCAGUCAAUCUUAGGAAAGUUUAAAAUCUUCCAUCAGAGCAAUCCUAUUAUUAUUGCACUGUUCCAGACCCUGUCUCCCUAUCAGCUCCCCGAUGUCUCUGUUACUAUUGGAGAGGUGUGGGGUCAAUUUUAAAAAAAAAACAUCCUGCACUGCCCAGUCCCUUUUUUUGGGCUUUUUUUUUUGGUUUUUUUCUGUGGUGUAGUGGGUUUUUUUCCUUUUCAUUUAAAACCCAAUGUUUUUUUCUUUUCUCUUCAUAAACUGAUCAGGGGAGAAUUGCUAUUUUCAUUUUUUAAUUAUAUAUUUUAUAUUAGUUUAACAAUAUCUAUGAUUUUGACAAUGUCUAUCUUAAUCUCUGUUUAUAUUGUUACUGAUAUAUGUAUAUGUUUGAGAUAGUUCUCCUCUUGAUUGUGUUUAUGCUCCUUUUAAAUCAGUAAAGAGAUUAAUAAAGUAAAAAAAAACAUCCAGUAGAGUUAUUGUCCCCUUCCUGUUUCUGACUUCCACCCACACUGAAUCAGUAGACAAUCCCUCCAUCAAUUCCUCGUUUUCUGCAGCCGUGAUACUAUCCCUAAUUAGCAAUGCCUCUUUUGCCUCCGUCCUGUCCUUUUUGAAACAUCUAAAGCUCGGCACACUCCGAAGUCAUUCCUGCCCGAGACGUCCAAGUCUCUGUAAUGCCACAACGUCACAGUUCCACAUACUGAUCCAUGCUGUAAGUUCAUCCACCUUAUUUAUGAUACACCUUGCAUUAAAAUAGACACAUCUCAAACCAUUUGGUUGAGUUAAGCUUUACUCUAUCAUCUGCCAAUCCUUUCUCACAAAUUCCCCUCCAGCUGUCUCUUCUUCAGCACCAACUGCCUCUUCAGUUCGGUUCUCAGCUCCCCCCGGCCACCCUCAGGGUCGCUUCGGCUCACUGUCGUCUAGGGAAACAGCCUCGUCCCUGCCAAACUGGGUAAUUAGUUUGUGUGGUUGCUGUGAGAUGCACCCCACCCGCCCGAAUAACAGACAAUACACCAGUUAGGAUCAAAUGAUUUACAGUUUAUAGAUAUUACUGGAACUAUAUAAUUAAGAGAGAAUAAAAUAUAAAAGGAAAAUAAAAGGUGCCACACUUAUCAAAGUUCAAUCUCUUCGUGCACAAAACAGUUGGAGCUCAAGGACCUUCUUCUUCACCCUGCAACCCCUCGGACCACCUCGACCGGUCGCCUGGGACCAACAACAGUUGUCGACCAGACGCUCCACACGAGUUUGUCUCCAUCUCCUCGCCGAACCUCCUUGGGGUCCGACCCCAUUAGCAGACAUCACAGCACCUCGCCCAUCCUCUGUCUUGCUCUCCCACCUUCUCCCUCAAAACCCCGCGCAUACAGUAUCUUCAAAUACAUCAAAACCAUAACAACUAUCCCAAUUGGUUAAUAAUAUAUUUCUUAUCACACUCUAAACAAAAACAAGCUGCUAGCGCAAACUUUCUCAGCGUUUAGCAUAACAAAGAAGCAUUCCCGAUUAUAACAUGACAAAGACGCCAUUUUAAUGAGCCUCCGCAGUAACAUAAAAGACGAAACCCCCUUAAACCUUCCCCAAUAACAUUAGCAAACCUCCCUUCCAGGAUAUUGGUUCCCCUUCAGUUCAGGUGCAAUCUGUCCCACUUGUACAGCUCACCCCUCCCCCCCAGCCCCCAGAAAGAUUCCAGUGAUUCAAGAACUUGAAACCAUCUCCUCAGCUCCUCAUUCAUCUGCGCUAUCUUCCUGUUCUGACCUUCCCUAGCCCGUUACACUGGGAGAAAUCCGAAGAUUACCACCUUGGAGGUCCUGCUCUUCAGCUUCCUUCCUAACUCCCUAAACUUACUGCACAGGACCUCUGCUGCUCUCCUGCCUAUGGCAUAGGUACCAACAUGUACCACAACCUCUGGCUGAUCACUCUCCCCUUCAAGAAUAUUCUGCAACUACUCAGAGACAUCCUAGAUCCCAGUACCCAGGAGGCAACGCACUAUCCUGCCUUCUCUUUUGCUGCUGCAGAAUCUCCUAUCUGUCCCUUAACUACUGAGUUUCUUAUGACUAUUGGUCCGCCUGACUUCACCCUACCCUUCUGAGGCUCAGAGCCGGCCACGGCACUAUUGGUCUGGUUGCUGCUGCCUUGCCCAGAUAGGACAACCCCUUGAGCAGUAUCCAAAGGGGUCUGCCUGUGGCUGAGGGGAAUGGCCACAGGGGGGUCCUGCACUGACUUCUUGCUCCCUUUACCUCUCUCGGUCUUCACCCGUCCACUCCCUGAAUUCUGCACUCUGGGUGUAACUACCUGCUCAAAAGUCUUAUCUAUUAAUUGUUCUGCUUCUCGGAUGAUCCUUAAUUCAUCCAACUCCAGCUCCUUAAUGCCGUCUUUCAUGAGCUGGAGCUGGCUGCACUUCCUGCAGGUGUAGUCAUCUGGGAGACCAUCAGGGUCCAUAAAUUCCCACAUCCUACAGGAGGAGCAUUCCACUGCCAUAUCUGCCAUCCUGUCUGCACUGUACAAUGGGCAACCAAGACCAAAUCAGCAAUAAUGAAAGGAAAAACCUACCCUUCUUACCUGUUUCUUUGGCCUCAGCCUCUUCUCAUCGAAGCCUCUAAGUUCCUACUCUGACUGUAGCCCCCAUUCCGAUGAUGGCCGCUCCAAUAGACCCCAUCUCUCUUUCAUGGUUUAAAAAAUAAGAAGAGUAAACCACACAAGGAGAAAGAACUCACCACGUUUCGUGAUGCUCUGCCUGCCUUCCACUGCCGCAAAUGCCUGUGAUGCUUCCUACACCCGAGCACUGGCCAUUGUUUUUAAGAAAAACAUCAAGAACUGCAUCUUCCAGCUCUCCACCCUGACCUGUAUCCUGUGACAACCAUCUUGAUUAUCCACACCUCUGCCAAUUUUGUGUCAUCCAGAAACUUACUAUUAUCUGGCCUAUAUCAGUCUCCUCAAAAAAACUCAGUCAGACCAGAUACCCACUGGUCACAUCGAGCAUCCCUAAUCUAUCGUUUUCUUUCCAAAACACAGGAGGGUCCACAGCUGCAACACAUAUAAAAUGCAGGAGGAACUGAGCAGAUCAGGCAACAUCUUUUGAUAGGAAUAAACAGUUGAUGUUUCAUCCAAGACCCUUCAGCAGGUCUGGGAAGGAAGGCGAAAAAUGCCAGAGUAAGAAGGUGCCCAUCUCUUUCCCUUCUCCCCUGGUCCAUUCUCGUCUCUCAUCAGAUUCCUACUUCUUCAGCCCUUUAUGGUUUCCCAUCACCUGCCUGCUUCUUACUUCUUCCCCCCUUAAAAUUGAUGUGCAAUUUUACACAUCAUUUGUUUCAAAAAAUUGAAUUUUAUGAAUUAAUUUUUGUCAUGGUUAAUAAAUGCUUUCUGUCACACAUGAUUCAUAUUCAGUUAUCAUAAUGUGUUAGCAUU